AUGGCGGCGGCGCUUCCAGCUCUCGUCCGGGGCAGGAAAGCGGCAGCGGUCGCGUCCCGGGAGCUGCUCGCCUCAUCGGUUCGUUUGGAGGAGGAUGGUGCCGUCCGCGACGCUCCGGGCGCCCGGCAGGCGUUCGACGGAAUCACCGACCGGGACGGCGAGCCGAGCAGCAGCUCCAGCCGCGUCGUCGUCUUCGACCACGCGCGGCGUGGGAUGGGGCGGGAGGCGCUGGACCAUUUCCUCGCCGCAUGCCGCCGCGGCGGAGCUGACGGUGCCAUGCUGUCCCGCGCUCUCAAGGCGUGCGGGUCGACGACGCCGUGCAUGGGAGAGCAGCUGCAUUGCCUGUGCGUCAAGUGCGGGCUCGACCGGGGCGACGUCGGUGUCGGCUCGACGAUCGUCGACAUGCACACGAAGCGCGGCGGCGAGGACGGGAGGCGGGUGUUCGAGGGGACGCCCCCCAAGAGGAACGUCGUGACGUGGACGGCGCUGCUCACUGGCUGUUGUGCCCAGGGCGACGUCACGGCGCUCUUCUUCAGGAUGCGCGCCGACGGGGUGCGGCCCAGCCCGUUCGCGUUCGCGGCCGUCCUCUCCGCGGUGGCCAGCCAGGGUGCGCUCGAUGUCGGGCGGCGCGUGCACGCUCAGUCGGUUAAGUUCGGAUGCGGCUCGACCGUCGUGUGCAACUCUCUGAUGAACAUGUACUUGAAGUGCGGGCUGGUUGAAGAAGCCAAGGCCGUGUUCUGCAGGAUGGAGACCAGGGACGUGGUGUCGUGGAACACGUUGAUGGCGGGCCUUCUGUUGAACGAGCGUGAACCGGAGGCCCUGCAGCUGUUCCAUGACUCGCGAGCAAGUGCGGCGAAGAUGUCGCGGUCGACCUACUCUACGGCGAUCAAGCUUUGUGCGAGCCUCAAGCAGCUAGCCCUGGCACGGCAGCUCCACAGCUGUGUGCUAAAACAUGGGUUCAGUUCUGAUGGCAAUGUCAUGACUGCCGUUAUGGAUGCCUACAGCAAAUGUGGUGAGCUGGAUGAUGCUUUCAGCAUAUUCGCGGUUAUGCCAGGGUCUCAGAAUGUUGUCUCGUGGACUGCUAUGAUAAGCGGUUGCAUUCAGAACGGUAACAUUCCCCUUGCAGCCGAUCUCUUUAGCAGAAUGAGAGAAGGCGGCAUCAAGCCAAAUGAGUUCACCUACUCGACAAUGCUCACGGCAUCUCUGUCCAUCUCGCCUUCCCAAAUUCAUGCCCAGAUCAUCAAAACCAACUACCAGCAUGCGCCUUCUGUUGGAACUGCACUUCUUUCUUCGUAUUCAAAGCUUGGCAGCACGGGAGAAGCCCUCUCUGUAUUUAAAACGAUUGACCAGAAGGAUGUUGUGGCAUGGUCUGCAAUGCUGUCUUGCUAUUCCCAAGCUGGCGACUGCGAUGGUGCCACAAAUGUAUUCAUCAACAUGUCCGUGCAAGGCAUGAAGCCAAAUGAGUUCACUAUAUCUAGUGCUAUCGAUGCUUGCGCUAGCCCAACCGCCGGGGUUGAUCAGGGUAGGCAGUUCCAUGCCGUUUCCAUCAAGUACAGAUACCAAAAUGCUAUCUGUGUGGGCAGCGCACUUGUCAGCAUGUAUGCAAGAAAAGGGAGCAUUGACAGUGCUCGAAGUGUCUUUGAGAGGCAGACAGAUAGAGACUUGGUGUCAUGGAACUCGAUGAUAUCAGGGUAUGCGCAGCACGGUUACAGCAAGGAGGCCCUUGAUACAUUUCGGCAGAUGGAAGCUGCAGGCAUCGAGAUGGAUGGCGUAACAUUCCUAGCUGUUACCAUAGCAUGUACUCAUGCUGGCCUUGUAAAUGAAGGCCAGCAAUACUUUGAUUCGAUGGUCACAGACCACAAGAUCAGUCCCGCCAUGGAGCAUUAUGCGUGUAUGGUGGACCUCUAUAGUCGUGCAGGCAAGCUGGAUGAAACAAUGAAAGUAAUAGGAGGCAUGCCAUUCCCAGCAGGUGCAAUGGUAUGGCGUACGUUGCUAGGUGCUUGCAGAGUUCACAAGAAUGUUGAGCUUGGGAAGCUUGCUGCAGAGAAGCUGCUAUUGCUUGAGCCACAUGAUUCAGCUACAUAUGUGCUUCUCUCCAACAUAUAUGCGGCUACAGGGAAGUGGAAAGAGAGGGACGAAGUGAGGAAGCUGAUGGAUUCAAAAAAGGUGAAGAAAGAAGCUGGAUGCAGCUGGAUUCAGAUCAAGAACAAAGUCCACUCCUUUAUAGCCUCUGACAGAUCGCACCCUGUGUCUGACCAGAUAUAUGCAAAGCUCAAGGCAAUGACAGCCAGAUUGAAGCAAGUAGGUUAUUGUCCUAACACUAGCUUUGUGCUUCACGACAUGGCAGAAGAGCAGAAGGAAGCCAUGUUGGUUAUGCACAGUGAGCGGCUAGCUCUUGCCUUUGGCCUGAUAGCUACACCGCCAGGGACACCCCUUCAGAUCGUCAAAAACCUACGGGUAUGCGGGGACUGCCAUACGGUGAUGAAGAUGGUGUCGGCGGUUGAGGACAGGGAGAUCAUCAUGCGAGACUGCAGCAGGUUCCAUCACUUCAAAUCUGGGGCUUGCUCUUGCGGCGAUUUCUGGUGA